AGAGAGAAAGAGAGAAAGAGAAUAUGUAUGAGAAAUAGUGUGAAUGAGGGGGAGGAAAUGGGCUAUUUAAAUAACACACUACGCAUCAUUGAAGAUGAAUUUUAAGGGUUCUUGCUCGAGAAACAGAUAUUCAUCACCGAAACCGUUUCCAUGCGACAAGUGCGAUAGGGCGUACAAGAACAAGAGCAGCCUGACACGCCACCAGAUCGUCGAGUGUGGCAAACUGCCUCAGUUCAUCUGCCGAACUUGCAACAAGGGAUUCAAGCAGAAGGGCAACUUUCAACGGCACAACUCGAAGAUACACGGCCAUAUUUUCCUUCUAGGAUCGUGAACGAUCACUGCAACAAUCCAACAAACAAACAAACAAACAAACCUCUCCUCCCCACCCUCUCCCCUCUCCCUUCUCCCUUCUCCCCUUAUCAUCGCUCAAGAAUCUAUCCACCUAUCUCUCUGUCCUCUCCAACUACUAGUUCUUCACCAUUUUUUCACUUCAGAGAAGAAGAGAAUAGAAUUUCCCUGCGAUACUCGUAUCACGUUAUUUCUUACGUGAGCGUAUAGCUUCGUGCAACAUUUAUCUAAUUAUUUUUUUUUAUUUU